AUGUCAUUUGGCUUCCAAUUCGACGAAUCCGAGAUGGACGAGGAGUACCUCAACUCCCCUUCAUCCUCGUCCAUGCAACCACAACAAGCGUCCAGCUCUUCACAAGCGCCAUCUACAGAUCAAGUGCCUUUCAGAUCCCACUGCAUUCACGACAUGCUGCAAAAUCUACCGUCAAGAAUCUCAUACUCUUCCAUUGACGUGAACCUUCCACCCCGCGACGGGAGCAACAGUGGUAGGGUGCACAAACUCUUGAGGAGAGAUCUGUUCGAUGCACGAUUCCAAAUGCUGCUCGAUGAAGACGAGGAUGAAGACGAAGAUCAAGAGCAGAGGGCCACAAAGCCAUUGCCGAUAGCACAGGAUAAGGCGAACGUCGAUGCAGAAUCAGACUUGAUACCAGGCGUGUACGAAGGUGGGCUAAAGACGUGGGAAUGCGCUCUCGACCUCGUUGAAACACUAGACGCACUACAUGCAACAGCAGGAGGUUCUGAAGGGGAUGGAAGCUGGUCUUCACGUCUAUCAAGCAAACACGUACUUGAGCUGGGAUGCGGAACAGCCCUACCAACACUGUUUAUUCUAAGUCAGGUGCUCAAAGAUCCUCCCCAUGCGGGCGCGGGGUUGUCGUUGCACCUAGCAGACUACAACACACAAGUUUUGCAGCUAGUCACCCUUCCAAAUCUUAUCCUAGCCUGGUGGGCUUCUCCCGAAGCAGCACCUUUCCGUGCAGGCCAAGGAGCCGACCUCCUCCGACAAGAAAGACAAGAGCUCGAACGUCGCGGACAAGAUCAUUUCGACACAUCUACCCUCGCUACGGAUCAAGAGGAAGGAGAGCUUGCAAUCACGGAUGAGCUACUUGCUGCUUUCUCCUCGUCUCUACAAAAACGAGGUAUUGAGUUGAAGUUCUACUCCGGAGCAUGGAGUAACUUCCCUCCAUCCCUCAAACGUGAAGGGGCCGGGGCGAAGAUGGAUAUGACUUUGACUUCAGAAACGAUCUACUCGCUCGACUCACUACCUGCACUGGUUGAGCUGUUGAACAGAUACGCCAAACCAGAUGCAGCAACAUCCGAGACAGGACUGGUACUGGUCGCGGCAAAAGUCAUCUACUUUGGCGUGGGGGGCGGAGUCGAAUCGUUCAAACAGACUCUCUCACAACUCACCCCUUCUGCUUCUGUAAAACCACUCCACAGCAUCACCAAAGGCGUCGGACGAACUGUUCUCUCUGUCUCAUUCUAG